CCAUUUAAAAAGAUACAAAGUUAAUCUUUGUAUAUCUUUUAUCCGUUCUCUUUAUUAUUUUAUCUUAUAUUAUUGUAGUAAACAAAGUUUUUUCAUAUCUUUAAAAAGCAUGGAGAUAAUCAAGGCGAUAAAAGUUAUUAUCCCACCUUAUAUUAGUCAUUAUUGUAGUAUCUUACCUUUGAUUCACUAUCAGAUGUUGAUAUUGUGUCGCUACAAGAAGUUGAAAAGAAAUUGUAUUCAUAAUGUGGCAUUCAAGUAUGUUUAUUAUCCAUGUGGUUGUUAUUAGCAUGGGAUUCAUUCAGGGUAUGUUUGCUACGACGAUAUCGUUUCAGUCGGAGAAAUUCGAAGAAGAUCUCAGUUUCAAUUUUGAAGAACCGAUGGACAAGUGCGACAAUCCGAAACAUGAAAUUGUAAAACUUGCUAAUAUGGGGAUACGAGUAGUGAGAGACAACUUCGUCGAAAGCGUUAACGUGCGAUCUAUCAAUCUCGAGAACAACGAUAUCGUUGAUAUCUCACCGGAUGCCUUCAAAGGUGUUCCAAAUUUAUCCUGUCUCAAUUUUCGACAGAAUAAGCGAUCGAAUAUAUUGAAUAACUUUAUAAAAUAUUUUAACCAUUCUUCGCUAACAAAAUUAAAUUUGGCUGAAACUAUAUCUUCGUCUUUCGUCUCCGACAAAUCACAGAAAGACUAUUCACACGGAGAUAAUAGGAAUACACCAUCUAAAAUUGUCCUUCCUUAUGUUACGCAUUUGGAUAUUAGCAAAAAUAAUUUAAUAUUUUUACCGAAUUAUGUCAAAUCUUUAUUUCCUCAUUUGACGCACCUUUACUUAUCGGAUAAUAAAUUGAACUUAUAUUCGCAACUUACUGUACCUGCGACAAUACAGGUUUUAUAUCUUGAAAGAAAUAGCAGGAGUAUUUCAUGGUCGUUUUUACCACAAAAUAUAUCCGCCUUAUUUCUUAAUGAAAAUAAUAUACGAUAUGAUUUUUACUAUGAAAAUCCUAAUCUUAAAGUAUUGUCUGUUCGUAAAGUCAUAGAUAUUGAAUACUUGAUUUCUAAUCUCGAUCGGUAUAAAAAUCUCGUUGAUUUGGAUAUAUCAUCAAACAACAUAAAUUUUAUUAGUGAACGGAGUUUUAGUAAAUUGAAAUCUUUACAACGUUUUUCUUUAGAUCAAAAUUCUCUUUCUUCCGUAUCUUUCUUGAUUCAUUUGUCUUCUCUCACAGAUUUGUCUAUAUCGUAUAAUAAUUUAACCAAUAUCACGUCGGAUAUUUUCUCGAAUAUUACAAAUUUGAAGAAACUAAAUUUGCGUGGAAAUCGUAUCACUAUAAUUUCGAAGAGUGCUUUCAUGAUCUUGAAAAAGUUAGAAAAACUUGAUUUGGCGGAAAAUAACUUGACUACUCUUCCUGUUACAUGGAUGAAUAGCUUGAUAGGACUGCGCUAUCUUAAUUUAAAAUCGAAUUUCUUUACUAGCAUCGACAGCAUGUCAAUAUAUGCUUACUCAAAUCUAAAUCACUUAUUUGUGCAGAACAACAGUUUUAUACAGAUUGAAAUAAACAGUUUAGAGAAAUUACCCUCAACUGUUGUUGUUCAUGUGUUAUCGAUUAAUAAUUUUACGUGUACAACAUAAAUGCGAUUUACUAUUUUGAAAAUUAUUAAUUACUAGAAAUCACAUAAUGUAUGUAUUUUUGUGAACAUUUAUAAUAUUGUAUGCUUCAUGAAAUAUUAUCUAUUACGAAUAAUUUGUAUUCUCAUGAUUAAUCAUAUAAAUAUUAAUUUAAUUAUUAAUUUGAUGAUUCAAUAAAAGUAAUGUGAAAGGAUUCAAAUUAUUCGUAAUAUGAUUAGGAAAAAAAUGAAAUAGAAUUGAUUGUUUUGAAAGUAUGUUUAAACACCUAUACAAAUUGUUAACAUUUCAUCGAUAUAUUAGCUAUCAAGUACAUGAUAACACAAUAGCUUUUUUUAGUUUCUCCGUUCGAUGCAAGUUCACUUCUUGUUCAAAUCGUGAAACGCGAACGAACGAACACUCUUCGUGAUUUUUUGGUUUUUAUUUUAGCCAUACAAACACUCGAUUUCCUUAUUGCUUUAUGCGCGAUUAAAGUUAAAAUGACAACGAUUAUUAGAAUUUAUCACGAUUGAAGUUUCCAUUUGAAAGCAGUUUAUUUUAACGUUGUAGAAACAUCUGUGUAACGUUUGAUCAACAGUACAUUUCUAUGAAACAAUUAAUGAAACGUAAGAUCGGAAUUAAUUUAUUUCAAUGUUGUAUUAACGUCUGUGUGACAUUUUUACAAACCUUUAUCGUCGUCGAGCUCAAUAUUAUUAUGUACAUAUACAGUAUAUGCGUGUGCAAGCAACUGAGAAAGUAUUUGUUUGCUUACUUUAACAUUGAAAGCACGAAUUUUUCCAUUAAAUUAGAUAUAUUAUUAGAUACAAUUUACAUAAAUCAAUAAUAUUCACAAAUUUAAUCAAUCUAUUCCAUGUGUUUGUGUGUAUGUGUGCAGAACUUGUGUGAUAACACACGAGAGAACUUUUUUGUACGCAUACUUUGUGAUCGAAUAUACGAAUUUUUCCAAAAAAUGAUAUUGGUUAAUGUUUUUUAGAAUUUAUAUAAGUUAGCCGAAGGAUCUGUGUACAUUCAACAAUCUUCGUAUGGUGAAAUCUAGAUCGGUAUUACUUGUCGUCCAUUGAAAUCUAAUCGAAAGUGAUGAAACGCAAGUACUAUUGGGCGAAUGGAUGUAUGAUGAAUUGUAUUUCAAUAAUAUAUUUUUUUUAAUUGUAUUGAAAUAUCUACAUACAUUAUACAUUAGUAAUUAUUCUUCAGCAUAUAGAUACAUAGACCAGAUAAAAAUAUAUAAAAUAAUUUAAUCGAAUUAAUUUUCUAUUUUACUAAUAUAGAUAUAAUCUCUUUCAGUUUUCCAAGAAGAAACUAGGAGAACUAUGUACGCUAGAAAUAAUAUUUAAAACGUAACCGUACUGCUCGCAGAUGCAAUUGCUCCGUUUGUUGUUAAAUAUAUAUAACGAGGGUCUCCAUAAGGGGAAAAAAAUAGCGUUAUUAAUAUAGAUAACAGUUUUAUAAUUCCUCCACCAGUUACCACAACUGACAUGCAACAAAACACAAAGUAGUCGUAUGAUAUAACGUUUAUGUAUAUGUUAUACUGUUUAAAGAUUUAGGAAGUACCUACAAAAAUGUAUAUAAAUAAUUGAAGGACGAUCAAGAGAUCAUUUUUGUUGCAUUACGUUUUUCUAUUGGUUUCUAUUAAUGUGUUACGUAGUUCUCGUUUGUAUAAGCAUUUUUCCAGACGUGUCCAAAUCUGUUGUUGCUUCGUUAAUUCCGAUCCGUCAAGAUCAUGCUAAACGAAUUUUUACCAAUAAUUAAAGUAGACUUAAUAAACAAUAACUUAAUUCAUAUGAACGCUGAAGUAUUGCGAAAUUUAUCGAGAAAUGCGACCAUAUACUUGAUUCCACGAUCAAAGAAUACUAAAUUAUCUAAUAAGAAUUUAUAGAUUAUUAAAAUAUUAAUUAAUUUUAUUUCCCUAAGUUCAUAUGUAUACCUAUUUAUGUCUUUUGAGUAUAGGAUAUAGUCCGAUUGUAUUACGAAAUGAAAUAAAUAAAAUGAUAAGGUAUCGUUCAUACGAA